UAGAGCGCUCCAGUCAACAGUGAGAGAGUGAGAGUUUGUCAAGUUUAAUGGCUUCUUGCAAUGGAUAAUAUAUAUAUUUUUUAGUUUAUGUCAUUGCAUUGUGUAGUAUUUAUAAACUAUAUUUAAAUCGUGCUUUGAAUUUUUGAUCUUUAAAUGUUCUGCUGAGUUCAUCAGAAAGUGACAGGUCUUCACAGGAGUACAAAUAAAUAGUGUGUUUAUUAUGGCUACAGCUGUUCAAAAGAACGGCAUCAAGUCUUUAUCUAACGGAAACGGAUUGGUGCAUCACCAGCACCAUCAAAUGCAAAGCCUAAACGGUUACGAACACAUUAACGUUAUUAGUGAGAGUGAAAAACAUCUUCUUACAGAAACUGUAACAGAACAGUGUGCACCAGUAAGUGAGCAGAAUGAAACGGAACAAAUCAUUGAAGAACCUGAAAUAGACAUAGUGAUUAACAAUGUGGUUUGUAGUUUUAGUGUACGAUGUCAUUUGAACUUACGCGAAAUAGCAAUAAACGGCUCGAAUGUUGAAUAUCGGAAAGAAAAUGGUAUGGUUACGAUGAAGUUACGCAGGCCAUACACUACUGCCAGUAUCUGGUCAUCCGGUAAAAUAACAUGUACUGGUGCAACUAGUGAAGAUGCUGCCAAACAAGCAGCAAGACGAUUUGCCCGUUGUUUACAAAAACUAGGAUUUAAUGUCAGAUUUAACAACUAUAGAGUUGUGAAUGUGCUUGGGACCUGUUCUAUGCCAUUUUCCAUUAAAAUCAGUUCAUUUUCUGAAAGACACAGGGAAGCAGAUUAUGAACCGGAAUUGCAUCCAGGAGUAACUUACAAAUUACUGAAUCCAAAAGCAACCCUGAAAAUAUUUUCUACUGGUAGUGUCACUGUUACAGCACCUAGUGUCGCAGACGUUCAAGCUGCGAUCGAAUACAUUUUUCCACUGGUGUACGAGUUUCGCAAGGAGCGCACCAAAGAAGAGAGCGAGGCAUUAGCUAGAAAAAAAAUGAAACAAUAUGGUGAGGUGACGGUCAAUGAGGAGGAAGAGGGGGACGAUGCAAUGAGUGAAUUAGAAUCGUGGGACUAGAGGCGCAGUACUGUGCGGCAUGUAUUUUAUGUGAAAAAACUGAGUGUUCGUGACUCCACUCUGUGUAAUUUAAAACAUAAAAAGGAUUUCACAAUUCUUCUAGAACAUCUCCAUAACCUCACCAUGUUAUAUCAAAAAUCUGGAACACCGUUUUGAUUUUGCAUGUGAGUUUUAUCUUUACUUCAUGACACAGGGUUAGUGAGAAACUUGCAUAUAUUCAGAUGCAAACUAGUCAAGACUUUUUGGCGUAACAGUUAUUUAUUUAUAUAAAAUAAGACUGUGGAAAUUGUUUUUACAAAACCGAUCUUUGUACUGUUUGAUUUAAUAAAUAUUAACGUUAUUUAUACUUCUGCCUCCUUCUGCAUUUAACACUGCACAUAAUUUAAUGUUACUUUGUGAAAUUCUCAGGUUGCUAGUUCAAAAAUUGUCCCAAUUAUGGUAAUUUUUAUGUCAAAAUACAAAUACAUUUUGAAUAUAUUCAUAAUGUGGUGCGAUAAAAAAAAUGUUUCUUUCCGUGAAUGAAACUGAAUGAAUUUUCAAUAGGAAAAAAUGUGUUCAUUGAGUUAUGAUUUUAUGUUAAAAUUAUGACUAAUCUAGUAAGAAAAAAAUAUCUUUGCACAGAAUAUUUCAUGACAUAAAAGAAUCUCACAAAGUAAUUCUCGGAAAUAAUUAAACCGAAACGUGGGUGAUGUUAUAGAAAUGUUAUUAACUUAAUACAAAAAGCGACUGUUUUUAAACCAUUUAUGUACAUAGUUAUUAUUGUUUUAAAAAGUCUCAAAAGUGUAAUUCUCUCUGGGUUUAAAUAUCGUGUCGUAGGAAUUUUAAAAAUGACGAUGUAUUUAUAUUGUGUUGGAAUAUUUUCUUGUCGAUAGGAAACCGGGCAGGAACUGAUAUGCCCUUAUUGAAAGAGAAAAGAAAUGAGUUUCAAACAGCUUCAACUGUUUUGUUUUUUGAGGUGCCGUCAUCGAUAUACUCAAUUUGGAUGUUUUUAUUUUACUUUACGCAUAUUUCUCUUCAGAGGUCUGUAUUUUUGAGACUGCUAGAUAAUUAUCAUUAUUUAUUUAACACAUUUAGCAUUAGUUGGUCAUAGAGCUAUCUGACUGAAUGAGGUCCACAUAUUUAACUCCUGACUGAAAUAUAAAAAUAUAUUACGAAUAUUUCUUGUACCUAUUUGAUAUUUUAGCUCUAUGCCCCUGUGUGUUACUUGGUAUAGACCUAGGCCUAGUAUCGUCAAUUUAUUGUUCACAUACACCAUUUUCCAUUCUUUCUACAUCUCCCAUCUAUCACCCUGAAAGUGUCUUAAUGCAAAUUUACAAAAUUCACACCGUUUUUAUCGACAAGCAAUUGCUCAUUAUGGUAAAAUAAAAAAGGACUGGUUAAAAGGAGCCCUUAUAUCUUCUGCCACUGUUGAAUUCUCUUAAAACCAAAAUUGCAUUCAUUGAACACGAGAUGACAUAAUAUUAUAAUAUAAGUUAUCUACUAGAGAAAAAUUUCGUGAAUUAAGAGCAGAAUUAUUGGAGUAUUAAAUAUCGCUAAGCUUAAGCUGAAUUUGUUGAUUUACAGAUCAGGUAUUAGUCAUAUUUGAUAACAAAAUUUUACGAUUUUUAUGUUUUACCGAAUGUAAACGUGAAAAAAAUGAGUUAUUGCUUAUAUACUUUUUCAAGGGUACGUAGCAAUUGAAAUUAGAUUGAGAAAAAUUUUUAAAAGAAAUUGUGAUAGAGAAUAUCAAGUUGAAGAUUAAGUGUAAAACUUAACUUAAUAUUAGAAAUAAACUUGCACCUGAACAAAUUAAAAUGACAAGUUAUGUCCCUCCAUAGUCUGAAUGUUAAAAUUAUAGUGGUCACGGAUGAAGUUGAAAAGUGGUAAAAAAAAUUUAUUAAUGGGAAAACAAUAAACAAAUACAAUUUUUAGGAGAUUCUAUGUACUGAUUUAUUAAAAUCAUCUCCAAUUUUUGUUAUGUACUAACCACAAUAACCUUCAGCAGGGCAUUAAUUAAAAUUUCAGUUAUAUGCUCUACACCAGCAAAGAGCGACCUGUAAAGGUUCUAUGAAAGAACCUGAAUUUUUAAACUUGAUAUUGCAAAAAGUCAUCAAUUUGUAUUGUAUCUCCGUAAUAUUUUAUUGUCUUGUCAAUCUGUAACUUUGGCUGUUGAUGUUUUUUUUAUUAUUUUCUUUUAUAUGCAAAAACAUUUCUUUGUCGAUGGUUAAGGUGAUCCUGAACACCCUGUACAUGUUAAAUGUUGGAAAACUAUUUGCGUUUCUUAACUAUCAAAGCAAUAAAGAUAAAACCAGCUGCUGUACUUUUAAUCAUCAUUUCUUAGUAGACGGCACUCAAUUUUUUAAUGUUUUCUCCCGUUUCGACUUCAUCCGGGAGAGACUAUAUGUACAUAAUAUUAAAUCCAUAAGUGACAGACUCGCAGAUGAGAUAUAUGCUAUACGUUUUUAAAAUGAAAAAUUCAAAAUAUUAGAAUCAAAUCAUUGCGUUCAUCAUGAAAUAAACCUCAUGUCCUUUUCAUUAUAGAAUUGCCAUUGUACAAAAUUUUAUUGUAAUCGUCUUAAUUUUUAUCUGUCACACAUUGAGGCAGAGGAACUUGACAAUUAUCGAGUGAUAAUAACUUUUUUCUUUUUUACAUUGAUUUGAAUAGACCACCAUUGAUAUCUUUAUUUCUCAAAACAAUUGUGUACACAAAGAAUUGCACGCAACAUAGAAAUUGUAGUGUAGUUCCAAUAAAAUUAAUUUAAAUACGUUUCAGUUAUUUUUUAUCAAACGUCGUUCACCCCAUCCUACGAUCAUAUUGUUGAGUAAAGACAUCCAGAACUUUAGAUGAUCAUAGAUUCAUUAGACGGUUUUGAAUCGAGGAAAUUGUCUAUAAAUCUAAUUUUGGUUUGCAUUUUCAUCCUGGUUUUACUUUUUUACGUAUGCAUAACUGAAUGUUUGAAAAUUGCUUUGUCUGUUGUUAAAAUAUUGUUCUGGCUCCCGUCGGAGUCUCUAAUGUAGAAGCAAUUUCAAACCCUUAAGGCCUUAUUGAUAGUAAUAAUGAGAUGACUUGUCUUUAAUACCCAUGUCCGAAAUGAAUGUGCGAGUGGAUGACGUAGUAUGCAAAGUCGUAUGAAUCUGGGAGCUGCAGAUGCUACAGGGGAGGAAAUUUUUUUAGGAAAUUGUUAAACCUAGGUAUUUAUUAUAUUUUUAAAAUAUUUUAUAUUUCUACAGUAAAAUUGAGAUUGUAGUAUCUUCAGCUUGUGGAUAAAAUUAUUACCUGUUGUUUUUAUUUGUCCUGUCUUUGUUCCUUUUGCAUACCCAAUGUAUGUAUAAUAUAAUGAUGUAUACCAAAACAGUUGUUUAGUGAUUAUUUGAACAAGGGUUUCAUUUAUUGUUUUCGCUUAUCCAAAUAACGCUUGUUCUUAUAAUAGUUUGUUUCUAUACUUUAUCAGUAACCAAUAUGUAGAUUUAAUAAA